AUGACUACUUCAGGCGCCGUUGUUGACGCCGUUAUAAGAAAGGCACGAGCACUAACAGAAAAGCAGAGGGGACAGGACAGUCUCGACAUUUUCAACCAGCUAUUCCGAUACAUUCUCGGAGACAAACUACACACUGACGUAAUAGAGUUUGGGGAAGAACAGCAUGUUCUGGAUGUUGGCUGUGGAAGCGGCCUCUGGCCGAUUCUUAUGGCCCAACAGCUAGAGACAAUUCUCGCGCCCAUGCAUCUGAAUAGCCCAAACCUACCUUCAAUUUUGGCAGCAUACCGUCACAUUAUAUUACCUGAAAAGAUGAAGAAGGGAUCUAUCAAAUCAUGGUCUACCCUCUAUGGGAAAAUAGCGACCCACUUGAAGCACGGGACAGGAGUUUUCGAACAGUUCGAGAUCGAUUGGAAAUUCAAGCGUAACAGUGACCCCAUUCCAGAAGCCUUGGAGAAGUGGUCGACUAAACUUCACCAUGCAAUGGAAGACCAUGGCAUGUCAAUUCAAUGCGACCCCGAGGAAACUCGAUCCAUGCUGCUCAACAACGGCUUCAAUGACGUUCAAGAGCGGGCAAUCCUUCUUCCCGUCAAUGAUUGGCAGUCGAAAGACGCCGAUAAAAAAAUCGGGAGAUGGUUUAAUACCGCCCUCACCGAAAGCAUAACGUUGGGCCCCACAUCUCCGACCCCCCUAAAGUCCGGCCCCUAAAAAUAUCUACUCAGCCACGUCAACCCUUUGUUUUAUUUUAUAAAUAUCUAGACGAG